AUGGACCCGCCUUACACUAUUAAGUGGCACACAGAUGCCCUCAACAUCGAUUUUGUCGUCAAUGAAGAGGGCGUCAUUUGUCUGAGCCGCGUCCUUUCCCCUGGCACCGUACCAAAAAAAUCAGCCUCGGCCUUUUUUGAAUCCGCAGAGCUACCUCUGAUUAGCGUCAAGCUAGCUGGCGAGGGCCAAACAAAAGAUAUCAAAACUGCAAAAGCUUCAGUUGGGAAUUAUCUCUCUAUAAGGCUCAAGUACAACUGUCAUGACAUCCGCAAAGAUGGACAGACCGAGAUAUUUGAAGCCAGAUUCAGCGACGAAGCCACCGAAAUCCAAGUGACCGCCCGACUUUACAUAUAUGGCUGUAUACCAGUUAUCAGAUCCGAAACGACCGUCACCAAUAUGUCAGAAAGCGCUAAUGUCAUGCUCACUGGUCUUUCAUCCUUCGUUAUUGGGGGCAUGACAAAUGCUUCGGCACAGGGGUUUGACGAAUACAAACUCAUGUACGCUACCAACAGUUGGUUUCGAGAAGCGCAAUGGCAAGAGUAUAGUCCUUCAGAACUCGGCAUUGAUAACAAUGGCAUCUGUGAGCUUCAGGAGGGUCACACCGGCUCCCAGGCUACCUUUAGUCUGAGUGCCCGCGGCUCUUAUUCUACCGGAUCUCACCUUCCGUUGGGUAUUCUCAAUGCUAAAGAUCAAACCGAUACCUGGCUUUGGCAGAUAGAAUCAAAUGGAUCCUGGCGGUGGGAGAUUGGUGACUACAAAGACAAUAUAUACCUCGCUGCUGGUGGCCCAACGGGUGCGCACCACGCCUGGAAAAAGCUGUUGUGUCCUGGGAAAAGCUUUACUUCGGUACCUACUGCCUGCUGUCGGGUUAUUGGUGAUGUUGAGGCUGCUUUCGCUGCUCUCACAGACUACAGGCGGCAUAUCCAGCGGUCACAUGAUGAUAUGGAGAAGGUUCCCAUAAUUUUCAAUGACUAUAUGAACUGUCUCAUGGGAGACCCAGACGAGCAGAAGAUCGAAGCGCUUCUUAACCCUGUUGCCUAUCUGGGUGCGGAGUACUUUGUAAUUGAUGCUGGUUGGUACGCUGACGAUAGCGACUGGUGGGAUGACGUUGGCUUGUGGGAGCCCUCGAAAAAACGAUUCCCGUCAGGCUUUAGGAAACUCUUGGAUACAAUCCGAGAAAAAGGCCUCAUUCCCGGACUUUGGCUCGAGCCUGAGGUAGUGGGUGUACGCAGUGUUGUUGGCAAUCGUCUCCCCAAAGAGGCAUUUUACCAAGAAGAUGGCCAUCGUAUAAUUGAAAAGGGCCGUUUCCAACUUGACUACCGCCAUCCUGAAGUGCGAACCUGGAUGGAUACAAUCAUACAUAAUCUUGUCGUGAAAUAUGGUGUUGGAUUCUUCAAGUUUGACUAUAACAUCCAGGUGAUGCAGGGAACCGAUGUAGAUGGUCCCUCUGCCGCCGGGGCUGCACAACUCGAGCAUCAGCGAGCUUACCUUGCUUGGGUACGCUCCCAGCUUGACAAGUACCCCAAUCUCGUCAUCGAAACCUGUUCCAGUGGGGCACAACGUCUCGACUACGCCAUGCUAGCCGUGCAUUCCAUUCAAUCGACCAGUGAUCAGCAAGAUCCGGCACUAUAUGCUGCUAUCGCAGCAGCAAUGCCAACUGCAGUUGCCCCAGAGCAGAGCGGAACUUGGGCUUACCCUCAGCCAGAAUGGAGCGAUGAGACGAACUCACUGACUGUGGUCAACAGUCUCCUUGGCCGUGUUUAUCUCAGCGGUCGCGUGGGCAAGAUGAGCUCAAAGCAGCUGAGUCUAAUCAAAGAGGGUAUGGUUGUCUACAAGAUGAUACGCGAUGAUGUUAAAACAGCACAUGCUACUUGGCCUCUUGGGUUCCCAAAAUGGAGCAGCGACUAG